UGUAGUUCCUCUGGUCUCGUUUGUGUUUUCCCUGUAUUUCUAAAGAAGAUUCCUUCUGAUGGCCAUUGUGUGCAUGUUUGUUUACUCAAUAGCUACAUGUUUAAAGUAGUCGGAGGGGGACGUACGAGAGGAAGCGUGCAGAAUUACAGUCGAGAGGAGAUCCUGAGGUUUAACAGCCUCACUGACAGUGAGAGCUCUCAGCAGACGCUCGUGUGGACGUAUGACGACAGUCCAGACUCUCUCCCUCUGACUAAAGAGGGCUUCGUAGUCAUGCGUGGCGCCUCAAACCGGGUCAGAUGGCUGUGUCAGAGGAACUCUCCCUGUGGUGAUCUGACUCCUAGAAAUCUCCUGGAUCCGGAUUUUUUCUUCAUUAUUGAGGUCUCCAACAAGGAAACUGCUAGCAGCCCAUUCUGUGAGCACAAUCUACGCUUUGAGCUGCAUGUACAUGGGUCUCCUCUGGAUCCAGUGAGGGGGCUGUUCUUCCUGCAGAUGACCAUGACAGCUGUUCACAUCAUCCUGAUAUGUACUGCUGGUCAUACCUGCUGGAGGCUGAGACGAAAGUCUCUUCACACCAAGAAACGGGACGGCCUCGACGAGCAAGAGGGUCAUAAGCAGUUGAAGGCUCGUGAUGUGGUAGUGAAGGUUGGGUGGACGCUGCGUUCCUGCUUUCUGCAGCUGGACCACAUCAUCUUCCGUAUCAUUCAGAAACCCAUGCUGGAUCAUUUCAUGAUGCUGGUGGUGCUGCUCGAUACGAGCACGCUGAUGGCCCAGACCUUCCCGGGCGUCAAUGUCAGGACAACUCCAAGACUCCGUUAUGACGUGGAACUAACGAUACAGUGA